AUGGCUGUAAGCAGCAUCAUUACAGGUGUUUUCCUGUCUGCUCUCGUCUCCGAUCGGUUUGGUCGUAAAUGGAGUAUGUGGGCAGGCGCCGUGCUUGUCAUUAUCUCAACGUUUAUCUCGACCUUUACACCUCCGGUCAUCGGCGGUUACAUCGCUGGUCGUGCCAUCACCGGUUUCGGCCAAGGACUGAUGAUGCCAGCUGGACCGGUCUUUAUCAACGAAAUAGCACCGGCCAAGCUUCGGGGUACUAUCAUGAGUUUCUGGCAGCUUAACUUUGCUAUAGGAUCUUUCGUCGCAUACUGGAUCAACUACGCAUGCUCCAAAAAUGCUGAGAGGCUCGGAGAAUGGGACUGGAAGAUCGUCAUGUUUCUUCAGAUCUUCUUUCCUGUCAUCAUCAUUUCGGGGCUUUUAUUCUGCCCUGAGACUCCAAGAUGGUAUGUCCAGAAUGAUAGAUUCGAAGAGGCAUACAAUACCCUCUUGCAAAUCCGUGACGACCCAGACCUCAUUGCUCAAGAGAUGCAAGAUAUACGACAAGCUAUUGCGUUCGAAAAGAAAGAAGGGAACAGCACUUGGGCCCGAUACAAGUUGCUGUGGACAGAUAAGUCUGUCAGAAAGCGCAUUCUCCUCGCGGCUACUAUGAACAUUGGACAACAACUCACCGGAAACAACUCCCUCGCAACAUACUCCACCAUCAUUUACAAAAAGGUCUUUACUUCAAACAGCCAAAUCCAGCUUAUCAACGCCUUAGCUGGAACGUUCAACAUUCUAUUUACUCUGAACGCCACUUGGAUGACAGACCUCGUGGGCCGAAGACCUCUCCUCCUCGUUGGUGUUGCGGGCCUGGCAGUCUGCAUGUUUUCCGCCGCAGCCGUGGUCACUGAGACACCGACUCUCGAAGAUGGCUCCAAGUCUCCAAGUGUAGGCAUCGCAACUGUCUUCUUGAUGUUUCUGUUCGCGUUCUUCUUCAAGCCUUCUUGGGGUGCGACGGUGUGGAUCUGGACUUCAGAGAUCUUCUCUAUGAACAUUCGUGCGCAGGCCGUCGCUAUGACGACUCAGUGUCAGUCUAUCGCAAGUAUCAUUCUCCCCAAGGGAUUCUAUGCUAUGUAUAUGUUUGGUGCUACCAAUGUCCUCCUGUUUGCAUUUGUUUGGUUUUGUAUCCCAGAGACUAAGGGGGUCCCUCUCGAGCAUAUGGAUGCACUGUUUGGUGGCGCAGAUCACGCGGUGGUAGGAGCCGCCAUUGUCAGCGAGAAGACUGUCCACGAUGAGAUGGUUUCCGUCUAUGGCGCAAAGGCCCCAGCGGUUAGUCAGGCUAAGUAUGACAGUGCUGUUUGA